AUGGACGAGGUCACCUUCAAAAGUGACACUGUGCUGUCAGACGUCCACCUCUACACCCCGAACCACAGACACCUCAUGGUGCGGCUGAACGGCAUGGGGCAGCCUGUUUUCCUGUCCCAGUUCAAGCUUCUGUGGAACCGAGACUCUCGGACAGACUCAGGGGCCGACGGUGAUGGUCGUGGCGCUCUUCUCGCCGAGGAAACACCACCAUCCGGACCGGGCAGUGCCAGGCCCCCUCCGGGGAGUGGCCACAGUGACGCCACCAGCCAGGUGGGGCUGGGAACUCGGCUGGACGAAGACGGGGAUUUGGACGUGGAGAGGAGACCACCGACUGCUUCGGACCCCGAGCCAGCAGGGCCUCCGAGAGACAAGGUACAUCCCACGAUUCUAACGCAGGAGGAAGAGGACCCACUGGCAGAUGGAGCACGAGAGAGCAGCCCCUGGGAUAUCGUCAGAAUAGAGCACACCAUGGCCACCCCCCUGGAGGAUGUUGGCAAGCAGGUGUGGCGGGGUGCCCUGCUCCUGGCAGACUACAUCCUCUUUCAGCGGGACCUCUUCCAGGGCCGCACCGUGCUGGAGCUCGGGGCGGGCACAGGGCUGGCCAGCAUCAUUGCAGCCACUGUGGCACGCACGGUAUAUUGUACAGAUGUCGGCGCAGAUCUCCUGGCCAUGUGCCAGCGAAAUAUUGCCCUCAAUGGCCACCUGACUGCUGCUGGAGGCGGUGUGGUUAAGGUCAAAGAACUGGACUGGCUCCGCGACGACCUGUGCACAGACCCGGAGGUCCCCUUCAGCUGGUCCCAGGAGGAUGUCUCUGACCUGUACAGCCACACCACCAUCCUGCUUGCGGCCGAAGUGUUUUACGACGAUGACCUAACCGACGCUCUGUUUAAAACCCUGUCCCGCCUCGCUCACAAGCUGCAGAACGCCUGCACGGCCAUUCUGUCUGUGGAGAAGCGGCUGAACUUCACACUCAGACACCUGGACGUCACAUGCGAGGCGUACGACCACUUCCGCUCCUGGCUGCGGCGGCUGGAGGGGCUCGCGGACGGCCGGCUGCGCUUCGCGGUGGAGCGGGUGGAGGCCUCCUUCCCGCAGCUCCUGGUUUACGAGCGCAUCCAGCAGCUGGCCCGCUGGGUCCAUCAGACUAGGCCUCUGAGGAAGCCUCCCAGUAGCGGUACACGGGCCGGGUACCGGGCCGAGCUCCUUCUUCCCUGGCCUCAGUUGAUGCCGAGCCCAGGAGCUCUGGAAGAUCUUUGUGGAACCGGUGAUGUGACCCUGCAUCCCAAGCACGGCUUCUCGACUGUUCUUAGAGUACAUCUCUAA